ACUUCGCGGAAUUCAAGACAGCAACAUAUUAUUUCCUGACCACUGGGCGCAACUUUUUCAUUGUCGCUCCACCAGGAAUUUGCCCCACCAGAAAAUAGAAGAUUUGGUUCAUAUUCCUGAUAUGCCCAUGAUGACACCUAAAAGAAAAGAACCCACACCGUCAGACAAACUCCAGCGGCUCCCCUCAAACUACCGCGUUAAAAAGCGACCCCUGAUGCACGCUCCCAUUGCCUCACCCUAUACCGGCCGCCGUGAAGCAAAGAUCGUCUACAUAUCGACCCACACACCAUUCAUAUCAGCCGUGAAGCGCGUGCGCAAAUUCCUUGAGCAAGUGGACAAGCGUACCAUGGGCAAAGUCGACCUGCUCGGCCCAGGCAAGGAUGCCGCCAAGAUUGCGCAAACCGGGCGAACAGAACAGGGCGAGCCAGAAGAGAUUUUGAUCAAAGCUACAGGCAAGGCAAUUGAGAAAGCGCUCAACCUGGGAUUGUUUUUCCAGGGGCAAGAGGAUUGCAGAGUCAGAAUACGCACGGGCACGGUGGGCACUGUCGAUGAUAUUGUGGAAGUAGAGGGCCAGCAGCCGGCACCGGUGGCGCCGCGGACAGACGAGAUGGAAAAGGGAAAGGGAAAGGGAAAUGGAGACAGCAAGGCCGAUGUCGAAAUGAAGGAAGCAGAGGUCGACGCGAAAGAGGAGGAAAAACAAGAGGAAGAAAAUGAACAAGUGCCCGAAGCGCAGAUUCGGAUGACAAGCAUGGUUGAGAUUGCAGUUAGUUUACGCUGAGCUUGUUGGAUGACUCGGUCGGAAAGAUUAUGAACAAAACAAAGUCACGACACACGAUGGAGAGCAGCACAGAUUUGUUGCUGACUUUUCCUGGGACAUAUUGCCUUUUGCUCACUAUCGCGGAAGAAACGAUGCGCCUUUGCGCUGUCAAUACUGGGCGACGCGUCUCC